AUGAAUCAAACAAGAUAAAAAUUAAACACUGUAGUUAAUAGAUCUGGCUCUGUUAACAAUAGGAGCGUAGGACUAGGGUAUAGUUAAAAAUAUUAGCCUUAGUUUACAAACUAGAAUUAUUUAGAGUAGCAAGCCAAGAAAAAAAAAUAAAGUAGUUCAAUACUAGGUACUAACAAUGCCUAUAAUGCUGUUAAUACAAGUCAUGAUGGAAAUAAAAAACCAAAAUAUAUAAAUGUAAAAAAUUCAAUUGAUACAACAAGCUUUAAUAUCAAUAGUAAUGGAAAUAUUAUUAAUGAUAUCUCUUAAAAUUAAGAAAACUCAAAUCUUUCUACAAAAAAUCUCCCAACUUCAUUUAAAGCUUAUCUCACUCAGAACUCAUAAAAUAUUUAAAUCGCUGACUAAUAUCCAACAAGUACUACUUCAUCUAAGUAGCAUGGAUUACCUUAAAAACCAAAUAACACUAUUAAUACUCAUUAGUUCUUUAAUUAGUCUUCUUAGUUAAUAAGUAAUAACUUUUAAUCUAGCAAUCAGCAUGAUAAUAGCAUUGUUGUUCAUACUAAUAAUGAUUCCCCCUCUCCAGUAAAGAUAAUGCCAUCGAAAAUAUUCAAUAGAUAAUCUUUAAAUCUGGGAAACAAUAGCAACGCUACACUAAGGUAAUCUAUUGAAACAAGAAUUAGCUAUAACAAGCAAAAUUAAAGUUUCGACAGGAGUUCAUUUCACCUGACACCAUCAAAUGGGAAUGGUAAUUAAGGGAGUAAUAACAAUAGUUUUAACUAAGUCAAGUAGCAGUAAUAAUUACUUUAAUAAAAUAUACAUCUCAUAAAUAAAGAUGCCUCAAACAGGAAUACAAAUUAGCAAAAUAGUUAAAAUAACAUGCAAUCAACAAUUUAAAAUAACACAUCUAUCAAUUUAAUGAGUUUAACUUUACCAAGAAAUAGCAGCGGAAGUAGUAAAGAUGGUGAAAAUAAGUCAAAUCAAAAUAUUAAAGUUGUUGAAGAUAUAAUAGAUACAAUACUUUUUUAAUAAACUGAAAGCUAGCAAAUUCAAAAUUUAAUUGAGUAAAACAAAAAUUUAUUAGCAACUCAGUAGGCCCUUGGAGCAGAGAUACAGAAUCUAUCUAACAAGGUGUAAUAAUAUGAAAAAGAAAUAGAAAAGCUAAAAGAAACAAUAAUAUAAGAAAGGGAAGAGAGCAAACAAUAAUUAAAGGAAAAAAUAAAUGAAAUGAGAAACUUUUAAUAACUGAUUUAAAUGCAAACUAACUCUUACUAAAUGGAAGAUGAGUUAAAGUAACUAAUCGUCAAUAUUUUUGAGGUUGCUUUUAUUUCAAAAUCAUAUGAAACUAAAGAAUAACAACAGCCUCUAUUCGAAACAUAAAACAUAUUCUUUAAUCUGCUUUAGGCAAAGCUGAAAGAUUUAAUGCAAAAAAUUAAUCCUUUUGUUGUUAAUAUGAACAUGCAAAAUUUGUUAACAGAACAUGGAAAUUAAAUUAGAACUGAACUUGAUCUGCAUAUUAUGAAGAUGAAGACUAGUAAUAUUUUAAGGAACAGUGAUUAGUUAAUUAGCCCAAAAGGAGUCUUAAAAGCUCUUUCUUCAAUUCAUCAAAAGAAGAAUUCUAGCCUAGACACAACAAAUAAUUCAAAUUCUUUUAACUUUGGAAAAGCUCACAGUAGACAUAUUAGUGCAAAUAGUAAUUCUAACGAUUAUGGAGCUAAAAACUAUCUUUCUAUGGAAUCUGCUUCUGGAUUAGAAAAAGAAAACAAUUAAAAUUUGUGUAACCUUCUACCUAUUGGAUAAUAAACGUUUUCUUAAUAAGAUUUCGAGUAAAAUAAUAAUAGUAACAUUGCAAAUACUAAUGGAUAGUUUUUAUAAUAUUUAUCUCCUCCUUAAUUUUAAGAAGAAGAUUAAAAUAAAUUUAAAAAUAAUUAAAGUAGUUUCAGCUUUUAAAUUUAAGCUAAGCCAACUCAUAUCGAAUAACAAGUGACAAAUCAACAGCAAAAUUAGUAAUUUUAAAAUUUCGAAACUCUGUCAGCAAUACAACCAUAAAACUAGGGUGGAUUUUAUCAGUAAUAAUUAUCAGGAGAUAAUUUCAAUAAUUUUUCUUUGGUUUAAUAGAAUAAUUAGUAACCAACAUAAAAUUAUUACGACAACCUUAACAAAUAAAAUAUGCAUGGUGGAAACUUUAUCUAAAUGAAUAACUAAAUAAUUUCUAAUAACUAGCCAUUAAACUAAAAUUUGCAAGAAAUUAUUUAAAUUCACUAAUAAAAUUAAUAAAAACUACAGCUUAACAGUAGCAAUCCUCACCAGAAAUGUCAAAGCUAAUAAUUCUUCUAAAUUUAAGAAAUGAAAGAAAAUGAUAAAAAUACUAAUAUUUUCAAGUAAGAAGCUAAAAUAAACAAUAACAGACAUCAUUCAAAUCCGCCAACUUUGAAUUCCUUUAAUUAUAAUUAAAAUAUUAAUAAAAAAUAAAGUAUAAAUAUACAAUAAUAUUAAUAAGAAUACAGUAAAAAUGAAAAUAUAGAUUCUAACUAAAAGGUCGACAAAGAGAUAGAAAUAAGUAAGCUUUCUCCUUGUUUUAAUAGUUCAUAAGAAAACUCUAAAAGAAGUCUUUACUAAUCUAACGCUCAUAAUAGUUUAAAGAAAAUUAAUAAAUAAAUUCAUGGAAAAGAAAGAAUGUCAUAGAUUCUGUUCUAAAAUGAUGAUAAGCAUCCUAACAUAAGCUAUGAUGCAAUGAGAAGAGUAAAAACAGAAGCUGAUGAUUAAGCUAACUUAGACGAAGAUUAUGAAUUUAAUUAUUCUGAACAUAGUCUGUUCACAAGUAAACCUUCGACAAAUCUAGUUGUUGCAAAGUACGAGUACAAAAGAAGAAAUGAAAAUGAACUCUCUUUUAGCCAAGGAGAUCAAAUAUAAGUAAUAUAAAAAAAUAAAAAGAAAGGAUGGUGGUAUGGUAUUUGUAAAAACUAAACUGGAUACUUCCCUUGCAAUUAUGUAGAAACAAUAUAAAUGGAAUGA